CCUAACACAAUGUAGUGAUUGAGUAUUGUUACGGUCUAUAUUGGUUCGUUGUUAAGACAAGCCUAACACAAUGUAGUGAUUGAGUAUUGUUACGGUCUAUAUUGGUUCGUUGUUAAGACAAGCCUAACACAAUGUAGUGAUUGAGUAUUGUUACGGUCUAUAUUGGUUCGUUGUUAAGACAAGCCUAACACAAUGUAGUGAUUGAGCAUUGUUACGGUCUAUAUUGGUUCGUUGUUAAGACAAGCCUAACACAAUGUAGUGAUUGAGUAUUGUUACGGUCUAUAUUGGUUCGUUGUUAAGACAAGCCUAACACAAUGUAGUGAUUGAGCAUUGUUACGGUCUAUAAUGGUUCGUUGUUAAGACAAGCCUAACACAAUGUAGUGAUUGAGCAUUGUUAAGUGUCCUUAUGUGUUUUUAACAGUCCAAAUGACCCCACAUUUCUGUGCAGUAUUCUCUAACUUGAACUUUCAGUUGACUGUGAACUUUAGUUACACAUAUUGCCUGUUUCCAACCACUCACACACUUUCUGGAUAAGCCCAAGUUAACCACAUGAUACCUUGUAUCUGAACCUAUUGUCCAGUGGUAUAUUAGUUCAUAAUUGUUUGGCCAAAUAAGGUAAAGGAUAUGCUGACGUUGACACAAAAUGUGCAGUGGUUUGGACAAAAAAAAACCACACAACUCCAAUCUUACAUUUCGUGCUCACUCAGUUCAUCUGGUUACGUUGGACAUAUUCACACACCAAUGUAAUAUAUUUGGACGCAUUUCUUUUCAACUCUCAAAGACCGUGGUAAGAUUUUCUUCCUCAUUUCACCUGAUUAAUACAUGCUACUGUUAUGCACUGUCUGUGGGGGGUUAGAUAUAUACAACUUUAUGUUUAAAAUAUUAAUAUUUGACCUAAGCAGAGUAAUCACUAAUUGAGUUUGUACGUUUGGGACUAUCCCAUUGUUUCCUCUGUAGUAAAUCAACUACGUCAAGCUCACCUCCAGUACUUCAAGUAACGAUACAUAAGGCACAGAUACACAUUUUGAGUGUAAAAAUGUAAGAGACAAUCUAUACAAACACAGGUGGAGAAUCCAACAAUGCAGACCAUGGAUAUUGACAAAGACACAUAUGCCAACAAGCCCAGAAAAAAGGAUUACAUCGGUGUUACAUUUUCAGCUAACUUUCAGUGGUGGAAGAGACCAUCCGGAGUUGCUGCAGUGUGUCUGGGGCUGCUGUGUGUCCUCCUAUUGGCUGGGAUCAUAGGCCUGUCUGUCUACUAUACCCGAGUCAUUGGUCAUUACUACUCUGCAGAGAGAUUCCAGACGUCCAGUUUGAACAACCUGACUAAAGAGAGAGACCAGCUAAAGACCAGUUACACCACCCCAACUAAAGAGAGAAACCAGUUAAAGACCAGUUACAACACCCUGACUAAAGAGAGAAACCAGUUACAGACCAGUUACAACACCCUGACUAAAGAGAGAGACCAGCUACAGACCAGUUACAACACCCUGACUAAAGAGAGAGACCAGUUACAGACUAGAUACAACACCCUGACUAAAGAGAGAGACCAGUUACAGACCAGUAGUAACACCCUGACUAAAGAGAGAGACCAGUUACAGACCAGUUACCACACCCUGACUAAAGAGAGAGACCAGUUACAGACCAGUAGUAACACCCUGACUAAAGAGAGAGACCAGUUACAGACCAGUAGUAACACCCUGACUAAAGAGAGAGACCAGUUACAGACCAGUAGUAACACCCUGACUAAAGAGAGAGACCAGUUACAGACCAGUUACAACACCCUGACUAAAGAGAGAGACCAGUUACAGACCAGUUACCACACCCUGACUAAAGAGAGAGACCAGUUACAGACCAGUAGUAACACCCUGACUAAAGAGAGAGACCAGUUACAGACCAGUAGUAACACCCUGACUAAAGAGAGAGACCAGUUACAGACCAGUAGUAACACCCUGACUAAAGAGAGAGACCAGUUACAGACCAGUAGUAACACCCUGACUAAAGAGAGAGACCAGUUACAGACCAGUUACAACACCCUGACUAAAGAGAGAGACCACUUGAAGGAAGAGCUAAACAAACAGAGCUGUGGAUGGAAGAAGUUUAAGUCCAGUUUGUACUACCUCUCUACUGAGAAGAAAUCCUGGACAGAGAGCAGGCAGGACUGUCUGGGACGAGGAGCACACCUGGUGAUCAUUAACAGCAAAGAGGAACAGGAAUUUAUCCAUGAAUGGAGUGGAUGCCUGGAAAUCUAUCUUGGUUUCCAUGACACCAAUACAGAGGGGGUUUGGGAGUGGAUUAACGAUGGCGCAUUAGACCAAUCGUCAGCUCCUGUCACUACGUAUUGGAGGGAUGGGGAACCAAACGAUGCAAAUCAGGCUGAAGACUGCGCUCAUCUCUCAAAGAAGGCAUCAGACCCACUAAAGAGUUGGAACGACGUACCAUGCACAACGAAUAUCCACUGGAUGUGUGAGAAGACAACGUCCACAUUGUAAUUAUGUGUUUAGAGUUUUGAAACAUGAGACAUUUUGAUGAUCUGUUUUAGAUGUUUGUGUUAAACUCAUUCUUGUGAAAAUUUGGCAAAGUGAUUGGGGGGAAAAACAUAGGUAAAUUGACCCUUAUCUGAGCAUGGUGGGCUAACACACUCUGUGGUGGGCUAACACACUCUGUGGUGGGCUAACACACUCUGUGGUGGGCUAACACAGUCUGUUCUUGCACAUAUGACCCUGGUUCAAAACCCAGCCGGCAACAUAAACAGCCUAAAAUUCUCAUUUGGAUAUCCAAUGUGACUAGAUUAUGUUUUAUUUUGUAAUGAAAUCCCAACAUUAUAUUAUCAGAAACUGUUAUGGAUUUAAGUGGACUGGCGAAGCAGCUUAAGUAAUAGAAAUCCUGAUGUAUUAGCAAAGAAACGUAACAGCUUAUUAUUUAACAGUACAAAGUCAGUAUAGACCAUGUAUGCUGUACUGGUAAUAUAAUGGGUCACUAUAGACCAUGUAUGCUGUACUGGUAAUAUAAUAGGUCAGUAUAGACCAUGUAUGCUGUACUGGUAAUAUAAUGGGUCACUAUAGACCAUGUAUGCUGUACUGGUAAUAUAAUGGCUCAGUAUAGACCAUGUAUGCUGUAUUGGUAAUAUAAUGGGUCAGUAUAGACCAUGUAUGCUGUACUGGUAAUAUAAUAGGUCAGUAUAGACCAUGUAUGCUGUACUGGUAAUAUAAUGGGUCAGUAUAGACCAUGUAUGCUGUACUGGUAAUAUAAUGGCUCACUAUAGACCAUGUAUGCUGUAUUGGUAAUAUAAUAAGUCAGUAUAGACCAUGUUUGCUGUACUGGUAAUAUAAUAGGUCAGUAUAGACCAUGUAUGCUGUACUGGUAAUAUAAUAAGUCAGUAUAGACCAUGUAUGCUGUAUUGGUAAUAUAAUAAGUCAGUAUAGACCAUGUAUGCUGUAUUGGUAAUAUAAUGGCUCAGUAUAGACCAUGUAUGCUGUACUGGUAAUAUAAUAAGUCAGUAUAGACCAUGUAUGCUGUACUGGUAAUAUAAUAGGUCAGUAUAGACCAUGUAUGCUGUACUGGUAAUAUAAUGGGUCAGUAUAGACCAUGUAUGCUGUACUGGUAAUAUAAUAAGUCAGUAUAGACCAUGUAUGCUGUACUGGUAAUAUAAUAGGUCAGUAUAGACCAUGUAUGCUGUAUUGGUAAUAUAAUGGGGCACUAUAGACCAUGUAUGCUGUACUGGUAAUAUAAUAAGUCAGUAUAGACCAUGUAUGCUGUACUGGUAAUAUAAUAGGUCAGUAUAGACCAUGUAUGCUGUAUUGGUAAUAUAAUGGAGCACUAUAGACCAUGUAUGCUGUACUGGUAAUAUAAUAGGUCAGUAUAGACCAUGUAUGCUGUACUGGUAAUAUAAUGGGUCAGUAUAGACCAUGUAUGCUGUACUGGUAAUAUAAUGGGUCAGUAUAGACCAUGUAUGCUGUACUGGUAAUAUAAUAGGUCAGUAGACCAUGUAUGCUGUAAUAGUGCAAAAGCCUUGGUGUACGGGUGUGUAGAAAAUCAUUGAUACUUUGUCUGGACUAUUGUCGCCACCUGGCGAAAUAGAUUGGAGCUUGCACUUCAGUUCCUCCUUCCAUAGCUCUGGUCCAGAGCGUUAGUGCGCGUUCUCUUAUAUCCUACGCGUUGAACACACUGACUGUGAUUUGCGUUUUGGGACACCAGAAGUUUAUUAAUUUCCAAUGGAACGCUGCGUUGCCUUUGACAAUUGCGUUGCAGAGGCUGUUUCAGUGCGUUCUGUGUGGUUUAUACGUUGGGUUUAUCGAACGCAUACGUCAAACUGUAUGCGUGAAGGGGUGACAGAAAUGGUAACAUAAGGUGAAUGUUGAACUUUUGUUGCACACAUAUCUAGAUGACGCAGCGAACUAUUUUGCGCAAGCACAGUCAAAUCAAAUCCAAUUUUAUUUGUCACAUACACAUGGUUAGCAGAUGUUAAUAUGCGAGUGUAGCGAAAUGCUUGUGCUUCUAGUUCCGACAAUGCAGUGAUAACCAACAAGUAAUCUAACUAACAAUUCCAAAAACUACUGUCUUAUACACAGUGUAAGGGGAUAAAGAAUAUGUACAUAAGGAUAUAUGAAUGAGUGAUGGUACAGAGCAGCAUACAGUAGAUGGUAUCGAGUACAGUAUAUACAUAUGAGAUGAGUAUGUAGACAAAGUAAACAAAGUGGCAUAGUUAAAGUGGCUAGUGAUACAUGUAUUACAUAAGGAUGCAGUCGAUGAUGUAGAGUACAGUAUAUACGUAUGCAUAUGAGAUGAAUAAUGUAGGGUAAGUAACAUUAUAUAAGGUAGCAUUGUGAUAUAUUUACAUAUUUUCCUAUCAAUUCCCAUUAUUAGAGUGGCUGGGGUUGGGUCAGUGUCAAUGACAGUGUGUUGGCAGCAGCCACUCAAUGUUAGUGGUGGCUGUUUAACAGUCUGAUGGCCUUGAAAUAGAAGCUGUUUUUCAGUCUCUCGGUCCCAGCUUUGAUGCACCUGUACUGACCUCUCCUUCUGGAUGAUAGCGGGGUGAACAGGCAGUGGCUCAGGUGGUUGAUGUCCUUGAUGAUCUUUAUGGCCUUCCUGUAACAUCGGGUGGUGUAGGUGUCCUGGAGGGCAGGUAGUUUGCCCCCGGUGAUGCGUUGUGCAGACCUCACUACCCUCUGGAGAGCUUUACGGU